AUGUCCGACCUACUACUACAAACCCGUGCGGUUCCCUCUCUUUACAACAAAUCUACAAAACCUCCUACAAAGUCAAAUACGAAAGCGAAAAGACCUCCAGUAUCUUCGGUCCCUGUGGUUAACACCCUACAAAAGGCCAUCAGACAGGCGAACGAUACAUGGCAGUGGUGCAAAGAUGGCUUAACAGAAGAUCAGCGCUUGAAGAUCAAGCAGUUGGAAGAGAGGAAGCAAAAUCUGUGCUUGCGCAUGCAAAAUGCCGAGUCCCAUGCGCAAUGGGAAUCUGCAGCGAAAGAACUAGACAGCCUCGAAGGCAACGACGAAUGGAAGCGAGAUGCCUCCACAGGUGACUAUAACCCCGAACUGAUUCAAGAGCGGCUCGAUGCCCUGGACGAUGCCCGGACGAAAUGCGACGUCCACACAAUGAUGCACUUGAUCCGCACGGCUUUGUCUCGCGAUCUCGGCGGCAUGGACAACGUUGAUCUGUACCGACACUCUUACACGGGAACGAAACGUCUUAUCGAACGAUACGUCGAGUCAACAAUUAAAACAAUUGACGCCGUCGUGACACAAAGCCGGCUCGACCAAAGCAUUGAAAACAGAGACCUCCUCGAAGGCAUUCUGUUCGCCCGACAAAGCUACGGCCGAAGCGCAUUACUCCUAUCCGGGGGCGGCACCUUUGGCAUGUCGCAUAUUGGUGUUCUAAAGGCCCUCUUCGAAGCGAAAUUGCUGCCAAGAAUCAUUUCAGGCGCAAGCGCGGGGAGCAUUGUCUGCGCCGCCAUGUGCACACGAACCGACGAAGAAAUUCCGCUCCUUAUUGAAGAGUUUCCAUACGGAGAUCUUGCCGUGUUCGAGGAUCCGAGUGGCCAAGAUGGUGUUUGGAGCAACUUGCGCAGAUUGCUGACAGAGGGAAGUUGGUCUGACAUCAAGCAUCUCACCCGGGUGAUGCGAGGAUUGAUGGGCGACAUGACGUUUCAGGAAGCCUACAACCGAACGCGCCGCAUUCUCAAUAUUUGCGUGUCGACUGCAUCCAUGUACGAAUUACCGCGCCUGCUCAAUUAUGUGACGGCUCCAAAUGUCAUGAUUUGGUCUGCAGUCGCAGCUUCAUGUUCUGUUCCGCUUGUCUUUAACGCUGCACCUCUACUUGUCAAGGAUCCGAUUACAGGCGAGCAUCAACCCUGGAACCCCACGCCCCAGCGAUGGAUUGAUGGGUCUGUGGACAAUGACUUGCCAAUGACUCGAUUAUCCGAAAUGUUCAACGUCAACCAUUUUAUCGUUUCUCAGGUCAAUCCUCAUGUUGUGCCUUUUCUUUCCAAGGAUGACCACUUGUCGCCUGUCAGAAAGCCCGACCAUACACAACAGACCACUGGCGAUAACUACGAUUGGGUGUAUAAAAUGACAUCGCUUGCGCGCGAUGAAGCGUUGCAUCGACUUCAUUUUCUGGCUGAGCUGGGUAUAAUGCCCAACCUUACCACAAAGUUCCAGAGUGUCCUCAGUCAAAAGUACUCUGGCGAUAUCAACAUUCUUCCCGAUAUGGGUAUCAAUGAUCUGCCUCGGUUACUACGCAAUCCCAGCCCUGAGUUCAUGAUGCGAGCUUGCCUAAUGGGUGAGCGUGCGACAUGGCCCAAAUUGAGCCGAGUACGCGACCGUUGUGCGAUUGAGUUGGCGUUAGAUCGAGCUGUACAUAGACUUCGCGCCCGAGUGGUCUUCUCAGAAAGUCAACGUGAUCUUCGACGUUUGAACGUCACCGCUGGAAACAUUCCGCUUAAACUACCUGUUAGAAUCAAGGAGGGGCAGACAGUCAUUGAGCCUCCCGCUGAGGUGAAGGACCAGAAGCGACAUCGUCGCAAGUCUGGAAGCAGCUUACAUGUCGCGCCUAGGCAAUGGCUAUUGCUGGAUACAAGUACCAUUACAGAUGACGAGACAGAACAGGAAGAGCGCAUUGAGAUGGAAUCUCGUCGCCGAUCUGGGUCACCGGUCGCACAACGCAAGCCCUCUCGCCUCAAGCGCGCAUCGCGCUCUCAUGUUCAUCUUCACACUCGAGCUACGCUAUCAGCUGUUGUCGAUGCAGAAGAAGUAAACACGACAUUUAACUUCUCCAAACCUAUUACACCGCCAUUAAGAAGCUCUAAAGAGAGCAUCUCUGAUGGGUCAGAACAGGCGACGCCAGAACCUUUGGAACCUACACUACAAGAUUGCAUUGCCUCUGCGACAGAAAAAGCAGAGAUGAGCGAGAACCUUCCCUCGAGCGAUCACCGAGAGGAUACAGAUGCGAGUGACGUUGAAGCAUACAAAGUUUAUCAAUUGGCGGACACUCCAAACAAAGCAAUGACUGUAGAGGAACCUCAUCCUGGACCAGCAGCGCGUGCGGGCUGGAUACUAUGGGACUAG